GUGCUGUAUAUAUGCUAAGUGCACGGAUUGUCCAAAUUGUAGAAAAAAAGAACUGUUGUUGAUAACGAAUUUCGUAUAGUGCAAUCAACAAAUCGCCAAUCAGCAGUCGUGCUGUACCCUCCAGCGAAGGUAGCCAUCACAAAAUAACCUGACAAAAAACGAAAUGUUUAGAUCAUAUAGGGAUAAGCUGCGGCUCAAGGCCGAUCGAGCAGCGGAAACGGAUGAAAACUACGGUUUGACCAUAUCCAUCGUGUGGUCUUUCAUCAUCACCGCGAUAGUGAUCGGGAUUUACUUCCUGGUGUAUCUGAACUGGAGCUCCCUUCCGACCGGUCUGACGAUAGCGGAAGAACAGGCCAAUCCUGGUCGAUUCAUAGCACAAGUAGCCAAAAACAAUCUAGCCGUCCUAACCAGCAAUGGCCCCCGGGUAGGUGGCAGUGCUAAUAACGAAAUUUUCACCGUUAACUUCCUGCGUUCAACGAUCGAAGCCAUCAUAGCCAAAGCAAACCCGGUUCACAAGUUCGAACUGGAAGUUCAACAGCAGGACGGCUAUAUGUAUCUCGACUACACGGUAUAUCCGCAGACCAGCGUGUACCAGGGAAUUCAGAAUGUGGUAGUGAAAGUCACACCGGCGGGAAGUCCCGAACCGCAAAACUAUCUGAUGCUCAGUUCACACUUUGACAGUGUGCCGCAGAGUCCGGGUGCCGGUGAUGACGGAACGAUGACCGUGGUAAUGUUGGAAAUACUGAGGCAGAUUUCGAUGGAUACUACCCCGUAUCAGCACGGAAUUGUGUUCGUUUUCAACAGCCCGGAGGAGAACACGCUGCAGGGUGCUCAUGCGUUUAUGGCGCAUCACCGCUGGUGGGAGAACGUGCGGGCCUUUAUCAAUAUGGAUGUGGCAGCCAACGGUGGCCGUGAGAUUAUGUUCCAGGCCGGGCCGAAGUUUUCGUUUCUGAUGGAGUAUUACAGAGACCACGUACCACAUCCCUUCUGCACGGCCAUCGCCGAAGAGAUGUUCCAGGCAGAUUUGGUUCCCUCGGAAACUGACUUCUACGUGUACAGCAAAAUGGGCGGUAAGCCGGGAAUGGACUUCGCACACAGCACCUGGGGUUACCUGUACCAUACGGCGUACGAUGCGCUGGAUACGAUCCCGCUGGAAUCUCUUCAGCACACCGGAGAUAACGUGCUAUCGCUAGUUCGCGCACUAGCCAAGGCACCGGAACUGUCCGAUAUCGAUAACUACAAGGGUAGCAAAGCGAUCUUCUUCGAUUUCCUGAACUGGUUCUUGGUAUACUAUCCCGACUGGGCAGGAAUACUGAUAAACUCACUGAUGGCUGCUUUGGGCUUGGGACUGAUUGGUGGAUCGCUCUGGAUUAUGUCGAGAAAUUCGGACGUCAGCUUCGGUCGAAUGAUGUGCCAAUUUAGUGUAAAUCUAGGUGUGCAGCUGCUAUCGAUUGGAGUGGGAAUCGGUUUCUCCAUGCUGAUGGCGGUGAUCAUCCAUGCGGCAGGUGGUGCAAUGUUCUGGUUCACCGAAGCUUGGUUGAUUUUUGGGAUAUAUAUGUGCCCAUUCCUCAUCUGUACCAUACUGGGGCCUGUUUUGCUCGUUCGAUUCUACAAGAUCGACGACAUCUUACUCCACACGCGCAUACUGCUGUUCAUCUUCGCUCAGCAAUUGAUCUACAUUAUUAUACUUAUCGUGAUGACUGCCAUGGCAGUCCGGUCAGCCUACGUGUUUGUCAUAGUUGUGAUAUUUGUCAACGUUUCUACGAUCGUCAACAUGAUCAUCCGAUUCAAGAAUUUCCACUGGAUCUACAUUCACCUGAUCGGGCAGAUUUUUCCCAUCGCUUACUAUUCUUCACUCUCCCUGACCAUGUUCAGUACCUUCAUCCCGAUGCAGAAUCGUGGUAGUGCGGAAACUAACCCGGAGAUAAUGAUCGGUUUAUCCGGUGUGUUAAUUAUACUACUGAUAAGCACUUUUCUGACCCCUUUCAUCGCCAUGAUGAGGAAGCCAUUCAUUUACUUUGGAGUGGUUGUCCUCUUUUGGAUAAUUUGCAUCAUCGUCAUGGUUACGUCGGUUGGAUUCCCCUACAGAGCCGAGACAUCACCUCAACGAUACUAUGUCUUUCACAUCGAACGGAACUUUUACAACUACAAUAACCAACUGAGGCGCUCGGAUAGUCACUUCUACAUACACCCACAGGAUGUUCAUACCCCUGGCUAUAUAAUGGACAUCGUUCCGGAGAUGCAACGGGCAACUCAACUAGGUGAAGAAUGCGAUCGAGAAUUGUACUGUGGGAUUCCGUUCUACCAGAACCAAUUCCACGCUCGAAGAAACGUCGCCUGGUGGCUAACUGCGGGACGACCGAAUUUGCCAACCCCGGUGGCAUUCCAAUUCGUCAGUGAGGAACGAAUUUUACCAAACGUCACAAGGUACGACUUCACCGUGCAGGGAACGGAUCAUAUGAGCUUCUAUGUAUCCCCGAUUCAGCCUAAUAAACUAUUGGAAUGGAGUUUUAGUGAGAUGGUCCCUCGCAGUGGAUAUCCCUGGAAUGGACAGGACGUUCACUUUAUCAAUUAUGUGCAUGGAAUCGACGAUUCGCCCUACUCAUUUUGGGUUCUCAUCGAGCACGAAGGGGAGAAACCGACUAACGAACCCAGCUUCCAUUUGAAUAUUGUCGCCCAGUACAUGCACCACGAGGAGUUCCGGACCGCCGAAUUCAAACAAUUCAUAGAUAACUUCCCCGAUUACGCCCAUGUCGUAGCGUAUCCAAGCUAUCUGGAAAGUCGAGUGUUUUAAGAUAACGAUAAUGUACCGUGUUGAUAGCGGCAAUAAAGUGAUUAAC